ACAAGAGGUGUGUCCAUUUCUAUGACGUACCAUUCCCAUUUUUUACACUUACCAAGGAUGGCAAUUCCGUUAAAUUAUCUUACAAAAAGGACAACUUGGUGAUUCGAUUGUGUUAUUAUAACUCCGCCCAAAAUAAUCACAAAAUCUACCCAAUUUUUUUUCUUGCUUUGCUCUCUUAUAUUCCAUUUCUUCUCCGACACCUCCACAAUCCUCUGUUCUCCCAUGAGUAAGCUCUAUUCUUACGAUUCAUCAUGGAGAAGAAACAUUACGAAACACCAUCAUUAUCAGCCAAGGUAUUAAUUGAGUCGACUGAGUUUUUUGUGAACACAUAUGCAUUUCUGUCGUCGCUCACGUCUCACCCUCUAUUCUCAAUCACUGUAGCUCUAUACAGUUUAAUUCUCCUAUAUUUCCCAAGAUUUUUUCUCAGUCUUAUAUUCUCUCCUGUAUUAAUAUCUACUGGAAUUAUUAUAUCAACUCUUCUUAGAUUAGGAACGACCCCAAAAUUAGAAAACGGGAAUGAGUCAUUUGUUGAGUAUUGGAAUCUUAGUGCACCACUUGACGUGAUUUACGAGGAGCAUGAAGGACAAGAAGAAGAUGGAAAGGAGGGGGUGACGGUAAAUGAGUUCUCUUGUUUGGGACGGUAUUUUCCUGAGUCUGAUGAUACAGGGAGUGAAUCAGAUGAUGAUUUUGAUUUGAUUAAUGGCUGGGAUUCACCAAAGAAUAUGUGUUAUAGAUGGGAAGAUGAAGAUGAUGGUAAAGAAGGAGGGUUAAUUGAGAUAGAAUUAAAUGAUGAAAAAAGAAAUAGUUCUGAUGAUCAUAGAUUUUAUGAUUAUCAUGAUGAUGAUGAUGUUGAAGAAAUGGAUGAUAAUUUGAUUGAGAUCGAGAUCUCAUGAUGAGUGACCAGUUGGAUCACGGGAAAACUGGAAUAAUUUUUACCAGAUAUUUGUCAGAUUUGUUAUUCAUUCUGUUAAUUCAGAUAAUUAAAUAAAUAAGUAUAAAAAAGAGUGAGUUUACUGAGUUAGGUAUGGUCGUUGGAGACGGUGAGAGUAUUUUUCUGAUCUUCUCUUGGACUGAUUCUCUACUGAGAGAGAAGGCGAUUGGGUUUUGGGGAUGGAACUCAUUUUAGUCUUUCUCACUAGAUUCUCUAAUCUUUAUUAUAUUCCUUAAUUUUAUAAAGGGAUUUUAAUAAAGUGCCACACUUCCUAUUUCAUGUUUAAGAAAAUGACACCGUUUUUUUCAAAGUUUAUUAAAUGCUAUACUCUUGACUUUUUCCGUCA